UUUUCCCUGCACGUGUAGCGUGGUUAUUUCCACGCCGCGGUUGUUGUCAGGCUUGUAUUGUCUGCUCUGUUUCUCCCGAAACAAAACACAAAAAAAAAAAUAGAAGAAAAAAAAAAAAAAAACCGUCACUGCAAGCUCUAUUUUUAAUUGGGGAGAACUGAUAUCACAGGAGAGGCCUGAGCAACAUUGGAUGUGAUGUCCAGCUCGCCGCUGUCCAAGAAGCGCCGCGUGUCCGAAUCAGAGACGAAGACGGGAUCCAACUGCUCCUCCUCCAGCUCUGUGAGAACUGAACUACCCUGUACAACCAGCAGCACCCCCGCCAACGGUAUGGCUAAGAAUGGGAGCGAGACCGAGAUUGAUGAGGGACUGUAUUCCCGACAGCUGUACGUGUUGGGCCACGAGGCGAUGAAGCGCAUGCAGAACUCCAACGUGCUGAUCUCAGGGAUGAGAGGGCUCGGAGUGGAGAUCGCCAAGAACGUUAUUCUGGCGGGAGUGAAGACCGUCACCGUCCACGACUCUGCAGCAGCUGAGUGGAGGGACCUCUCUUCACAGUUCUACCUGCGUGAGGAGGACCUAGGAAAGAACCGCGCUGAGACCACCCAGCCCCGCCUGGCAGAGUUGAACAGCUACGUGUCUGUCUCUGCUUACACCGGAGCCCUCACUGAGGAAUACCUGCAGCAGUUCCAGGUCGUUGUGCUGACAAACCCCUCUCUGGAGGAGCAGUUAAAGAUCGCAGAGGUCUGUCACAGCAAAGGGAUCAAGCUGGUGAUCGCAGACACUCGCGGGCUCUUUGGCCAGCUGUUCUGUGAUUUUGGAGAGGAGAUGAUUGUGUUGGACCCGAAUGGAGAGCAGCCUCUGAGUGCGAUGAUCUCAAUGAUAACAAAGGACGGUGCUGGUGUGAUCACCUGUCUGGACGAGGCGCGACACGGGUUCGAGAGCGGAGACUACGUCACCUUUACUGAGAUCCAGGGCAUGACUGAACUCAACAACUGUGAACCGGUUGAGAUCAAAGUGCUGGGCCCCUACACAUUCAGUAUCUGCGACACCAGCUCUUUCUCGGAUUAUGUUCGAGGUGGGAUCGUUUCGCAGGUCAAGAUGCCCAAGAAGAUUUCCUUCAAAUCUCUCUCUGCCUCUCUGGCUGAGCCAGAGCUUGUCCUGACAGACUUUGCUAAGUUCGAGCGACCAGGUCAGCUGCACCUGGGCUUCCAGGCCCUGCACCAGUACCAGAAACAGCACGGCCGUGUCCCCAAGCCAUGGAGCCAGUCAGACGCUGAGGAGUUUGUCUCCCUCUGCAAGUCUCUCAAUGAGUCUCUCACAGGCUCCGCCAAACAGGAGCAGCUGGAUGAGGGCCUGCUGAAGAAGCUGGCGUACCUGGCAAUGGGAGACCUGGCCCCUGUCAACGCCUUCAUCGGAGGACUUGCCGCGCAGGAGGUCAUGAAGGCCUGCACAGGGAAGUUCAUGCCUAUAAUGCAGUGGUUGUACUUCGAUGCUCUGGAGUGUCUCUCUGAAGAGGAGGGAGUCAUGCUGUCAGAGGAGGAGUGUGCACCAAGAAACUGCCGCUACGAUGGUCAGAUCGCUGUGUUUGGGUCCAAGUUGCAGGAGAAACUGUCCAAGCAGCGCUACUUUCUGGUGGGGGCCGGCGCGAUUGGCUGCGAGCUGCUGAAGAACUUUGCUCUGAUUGGUCUGGCGAGUGGCGAGGGUGGGGAGGUGAUCGUGACGGACAUGGACACCAUUGAGAAGUCAAACCUCAACAGACAGUUCCUGUUCAGACCCUGGGACGUGACGAAGAUGAAGUCUGACACCGCGGCGGCUGCAGUAAAGCAGAUGAACCCUGAGAUCCGAAUCACAAGCCACCAGAACCGGGUCGGUCCCGACACCGAGAGAGUCUACGAUGAUGACUUCUUUGAGGGGCUGGACGGAGUGACCAACGCGCUGGACAAUGUGGACGCCAGGAUGUAUAUGGACCGGCGCUGUGUGUAUUACCGCAAACCCCUGCUGGAGUCUGGAACUCUGGGGACCAAAGGGAACGUGCAGGUGGUCAUCCCCUUCCUGACAGAGUCCUACAGCUCCAGCCAGGACCCCCCGGAGAAAUCAAUCCCCAUCUGCACCCUGAAGAACUUCCCCAACGCCAUCGAGCACACCCUGCAGUGGGCCCGUGACGAGUUUGAAGGUCUCUUCAAGCAGCCGGCAGAGAAUGCAAUGCAGUACCUCACAGACCCCAAGUUCCUGGAGCGCACUCUGAAGCUGCCCGGCGCCCAGCCCCUGGAGGUGCUGGAGGCUGUGUACAAGAGCCUGGUGACUGACUGUCCUCGGAGCUGGGAGGACUGUGUGGCGUGGGCACGGAACCACUGGCAGUGCCAGUACAACAACAACAUCCGCCAGCUGCUGCACAACUUCCCCCCGGAGCAGUUGACCAGCUCUGGUGCCCCCUUCUGGUCAGGACCAAAGAGAUGCCCUCACCACCUGGAGUUCAGCACCAGCAACGACCUUCACGUGGAUUACAUCAUGGCGAGUGCUAACCUGCUAGCCAAGACGUACGGUGUGCCGGGUUCACGCGACCGCGCUGCCUUGGUGAAGAUCCUGGACACCGUGCACGUGCCGCAGUUCACUCCACGCUCUGGAGUUACGAUCCACGUGUCUGACCAGGAGCUGCAGAACGCCAACUCCUCCACCGAUGAUGGCAGGCUGGAAGAGUUGAAGAGCCUUCUACCCAAAUCAGAUUGUCUGUCGAAAUUCAAGCUGACUGCUAUUGACUUUGAGAAGGACGAUGACACAAAUUUCCACAUGGAUUUCAUUGUCGCAGCAUCGAACCUCAGGGCAGAAAACUAUGACAUCCCUCCAGCAGACCGACACAAGAGCAAGCUGAUUGCUGGGAAGAUCAUCCCUGCCAUCGCCACGACGACAGCGGCCGUGGUGGGCCUGGUGUGUCUGGAGCUGUUCAAGAUCGUUCAGGGCCACCAGAAAGUGGAGUCCUUCAAGAAUGGCUUCAUGAACCUGGCACUGCCCUUCUUCGCAUUCUCCGAGCCCAUCGCAGCGCCCAAACACAAGUACUAUGAACAGGACUGGACUCUGUGGGAUCGCUUCGAGGUGAAGGGGUUGCAGGACGAUGGGAAGGAGAUGACACUCAAACAGUUCCUCGACUACUUCAAGAAUGAACACAAGCUGGAGAUCACCAUGCUGUCCCAGGGAGUCUCGAUGCUCUAUUCAUUCUUCAUGCCUCCCGCCAAGCUAAAGGAGCGACUCUCACAACCGAUGACUGAGAUUGUCACCAAGGUCUCGAAGAAGAAGCUUGGCAAGCAUGUGAAGGCGCUGGUGUUCGAGCUCUGCUGUAAUGAUGACACGGACGAGGACGUGGAAGUGCCCUACGUGCGAUACACCAUUCGCUGAGAGCACAGUGUGGGGGUGGGGAGGGGGGGUAUGGAACACCAUUCGCUGAGAGCACAACUGGUGGCAGGGCCAUGGGGGGGUGGGGACCAUUUGCUGAGAGGAGGGAGUGGCUGGGUGGAGGAGCUCCAGGAGUUUUUGCAAUGUAUUCUGGAACUUGUAGUCCUUUAUUUCUCAAACCUGAAAGUGUUGUUCAAAUGAUUUCAGAUUUAGCCUAAUUUUAUAGUAUAAAGGAAGAGAGCGGUCCUAGGGAAAGAGGCUGAAUUGCUGAAGGCAGGGCUAAGGGUGGGUGAUGCCUGUUUUCAUUGGCUCAGAAGGAACGUUUUGCAGAUGGAGUUUGGUUUUAAAACCUUGGUUAGCACUUAUUUUAAAAGGGGGGGCCAGUGGUGAUAUUCCUAGAGCUAAUAAGAGGUAAGAAAUGUAUUUCAAAGUCUUGGUUACCACCCCUUUUUUAAGACUACACAUAAUCUCAAAGUAACAAGAAUAAAUAAAAAAAAAAAAAAAAAUGUUCAAAAAUAAAGCACACUCCUUCAACAUUGUAAUUCUGUGAUGUUUCUCUUUGCUGGCUACAGGAGCCUACAGUUCAAGACUGACAGUGCUUUGUGUGCCCUCGUGCUAAAUCAGUAGUCUAAUUCAGUUCCAGAGGGUUAAUAUAAUGGGUGCAAGAUGGAACUAAAAAUCUCCAUUCUAGAAAUGUUGGUGCCCUUUUAUUGCAAAGCUCUAACUUUUAUUUAAAUUCUUUUUUUUUUUCUGUUUUUCCAUAAAAACAAAUCUUUGGGGAAAGGGGGUAGUUUUUCUUUCUUUAUUUAAUAAUCUCCUUUUUAUACCCGGUGCAUCUCCACAGCCUGUCUUCUCUCUCCCUGUGAGUAUUUUCUUUGGUCCCCGUCCCAUCAAUGGAACGCUCUUGAAUCCCCUGUGUGUCAGCUUUGUUGGUUUAAAAGGGAUCUACUUGCACUUGUCUGUUUUCAUUAUAGUUUUCUCGAGUGUUGUGGCACUAAAGUUUUCUUGGUUUCCUCUAAUUACCCCUAUAAAGGACAAUUCUCAAAGUAAGAUAAACAGCAUUGAAAUAUAAACACUCCUUGAAACCCAAGAAUGUCCCUUUUUAAAAAACAACAAAUAACCAAGAUCCAGUAUUCAGACAAGAACGUGGUAAAAUUGUUGAUCAUUUUCUACAGUUGAACAAAUUUGUGGAAAUGUAGUCAUAUUCCCUUUUAACCUUUUUAGUCCUGAAUUAUUGUUUGCUGAGAUGAAUGUGAAAUUAAGUUAAAAUAAUUCAGAAAGUAUACGCGAGAAAAAAAGACGGCAAAUAUUUUAUGUAUAUUUUGGUAAAUGGGACUUUAAAUCCUGUCGGUACAGUAGAAGAAAUCUAAACAGCUCUAAGUAUUAUGGCUUGUUCUGCAAAUACUUACGCAAGUAUUUAUUCCACAUUGUGUAAAUGUCAUUUUUAUACAUUUUACCAUGAUACGAACACCUCAUUUUCUUACUUAGUGAUAUCUAGGUCUCAAAUGCCACUUCUCCAAUUUUCAGACUUAAAUAACUUCAAAAAAACUUCAGCUCCACAACAACUAGGACACAAACUAUACAGGAUUAAAUAUGCAGGCCCCUCCUCCUUGGUGCCCAGCCUAUCGGAUCUGCGAUUCAGCGUGUGAAUAUAUAUAUUUUUCUUUUUGGUCUGUGAUUGGUUGGGCAGUGGUGAAUGGACAGGGUUAGUAAGAUUUAAUUUAAAGGUUCCUGGUCUAAACUUACUGUCUUGCGUCACCUCCUCAGACUUCUUUAUACAUUUUUUUGUUUAAACAACUAAUAUGUUACACAAAUUUACAAUAAAACUAUUCUGUAAUAGAAGCACGUAGUGUGACAAUGAAUACAAUUAAAAACGUAAUAACCA